AUGUCGGUUCAUGGGAGGGAUCCCAAAAAGAGGCAAUUAAGGCUAAUAUCGGUGGCAUUCAAAGAAGCAUCAAUCGAUUCUCCUUCCUUUCGUGCAUCCGUGAAUUUCUUUCAAACCAGGGUAGAUGCAUUAGAAGAUUGGAUAGAGAAGACAGUGGACUUUUUUGACCAGAAGUACAAGGUUUCCUUUGAAGAUUUUCGAAGGGCCAAAGAAACUCUCCUAUCCCAAUUGUUACCUUCACCUGCCCUGCUAAGUAACGGGUUUGUUAGUAAUCAAUCUUUUACUCCCAGACUGAUUGAUAGUUUCAACAGAGACUAUUAUGACUUUUCGAUGAAGCUUCUAGGAAUUGUAAAAGGCGAUGAUUCUAGCCAUUCAACUGCUCUUUUAGAACUUAUGACUAAUGCGAUUGAACCCUAUAGAAAUGUGAGAAAAAAUUUCGAUUUAUUUCAAGGUAAGUACGAUAGCAUGUUGGCAUCUUACCAAGCCAUAAGGGUAUCUAAAACCAGUCUAGAACCCUCAUUGAUCAAAAGCGAUGCUUUAAAAUUGUUUGAAGUGCAAAAGAACUAUCUAAAGGCUUCCUUAGAUCUUAUUAGCGCUAUAUCAGAAGUAAAACUAAGCUUAGACAAAUUCAUACUGGAGACAAUGAAAGUACUGAAACGCAAAAGUCUUUUCGUCACGAAAGAUUCGGGAAGGAAAAUUGAUCUAUCACCUUCUAUUAACGAGUACUUGGACAAUUACUCAAUAUGGGUAGAAAAUUCUAUCGAUGGUUCCAAGGUUUUGAAUUCUGAUAUUAAUAAUGCAAAAAAGCAAGCAUACAAAUAUACUUUGCAACGAAUUACACCAUCCAAUGAUACAAGUGACUACAAUAUUAGAUCGAUACAUUCUUCGAAGCUACUAUCAAAAGAAACCCGACUACCUUCUAAGUCACCUGAAAUAUCUGGAUGGCUUUAUAUGAAAACACAGGUGGGAAAGCCAACGAGAGAGAUAUGGGUGAGAAGAUGGUGUUUCUUAAAAAAUGCUGUAUUUGGUAUGUUCCUUUUAUCGCCCUCGAAGACCUACGUGGAAGAAACUGAUAAGUUUGGUGUCUUUCUUAUUGAUGUACGCUAUGAUCCGGAAGAAGAUCGAAAAUUUUGUUUUGAAGUAAAAAUCAUAGGUAAUAAAGUCACGAAUUCACGUGAUAAUAUGUCAAAAGAUAUCACGUUGGUCUUUCAAACUUCUAAUUUUCGAGACUUGAAAUCAUGGUUAAUUGCCUUUGAUGCAACCAAAAAGUAUGUCACGAAUUUAAGGCAUGACAGCCUUGAGUAUGAGCUUGCGUUUAAAAGGUUCUGUCCAAAAUUCUUCGAAUUUGCCUCUAGUACCACCACCUCCAUAGAUCAAUCAAUUACAACAUUUGACAAAGAAACCGAGUCUUUAUAUGAGACAUUGAACUGCUCAAUAUCCGAGUAUGAUAUUUUAACUCUAGGAGAAGAAAAGGUAUUUCAGUUUCAAAUGCCCACAACACCAAUAUCUACUAAGAUGACACAGCUAGCUAUUCUAUCUAAUUUCCUCACAAAAGGUAGUUGGUUUCCCAACGCUGUUCUUGCGAAUAUAUGGGGUACAACUGAUUGGAGCGAAUACAGUAUAUUGCCAAGUAUGGGGAAAAAACCUUCCUCUUUAUUAACAAUCGAUGGGAAGAGGCUUCCAAUAAGAAACUCUACUAUAUAUCCCCAGUAUUAUUCUAAUGAGUUAAGGGUUCUUGAUCUUCAAUUUAAAUCACUAGUAUUUUCUCCGGACCAAAGACUGGAGAAGCUACCAGAGGAGCUUUUACUUUUCAAGUUCGAAGCAUUUUGGUGUCCCAACAAGAAGCAAAAUUUCUCAGCAACCUGUUUCUGCACAGAGGAUUACAUUUACUGCUACAUGAACUCUAUGGAAUUUAUUUGUCUUACGAAGAUUAGUUUAUCUGAAAUUGUUUCUGUGGAAGCCGACAGGUCCUCAAAGAAAACUCUUAAAAUAUACGAUGCUAGUGGUUUACAAAUGAAGGCUAUCAUUUUAUUUACUGACUAUAAGCUUGUUGCAUCUAAAUUGCAGUAUCUUUUGGAAAACAAGGCCAUGAAAACCCCAAGUAGCAAUGAAGAGAUUUUAGUGAAGUUCGAGCAGAUGGAUAAGGAAUUUCAAGAAAGAAAACAAGAAGAAUUGUUUAAAACAGAUCAAGAAAAUACAUUCAAUCAUAAAGCCAUGACUAGCAUAUCCAAAAUUAUCAAAUCACGUGUUACUUUUUGGGAGAUGCAUGAUGAUGCAGCUUCUUUAUUAAACAGACUCAAAGAUCUUCGAACAGAGUACACAAUUACAUACAAUCACGAAUAUGAAAUCUCUAGUAAAGGGCUGGCUCAUAUAUUAUUUGGGGAUAAGUCGAACGCCUUCCCAAAAUGCCUAUUUCUUGCAAGAAAGAACGGAAACGAAAACGUUAAAUCAUUUUGGUACAAAAGAAAGGACACUAAGGGCAAUCUACAAUUAGUUCGAAAGAUACCGUUUCGAUUAGAUAUAACUGGAAAUUUUCUGAAUACUGGAAAAUAUCACAGGGAUAAAGAAUCUAGAAUGGUUUUUAUCAUUCAGAGAAUUGUAAAUAUUGUUGAAAACAAAUAUUAUGAGAUUGAUUUAGAUCCUUUUUUCAUCAAAUUGCCUUUUUGUCAUUUACUAAAAAUUUCCGUUAAAUUCAUAAUAGUUGAGUCUUACGAUGCGGAUAAUCAUUUAGAAAUCAAGCUUAAUAUGACAGCGAGUAAUUCUUCGCUUCAUGUUUUGUACAAACUAGAGUAUAUUGAUAGUAAGACUGGUAAAACAGUGAAAAAGCUAUCUUUAGCGGAAAAAAUAUGUCAAACAUGGGUGUUAAAAUUUACACAUAGCGAAUUCCUUUUAAUAAGAAAGGUGUUACGAUACUAUUUAGAAAAAAUCGGCAAGCACGGGAGAGUUAUCAAAGCUAUCAAAUUAUGUGGUAUUUUGGGUGUUUCCAGUAGCAAAUUUGAAGAAGUAGCAGCAGAGAAAAGAGGCGAAUCCAAGGAGACCGAAAAUAUCAAAUACGACAUCAAAUAUUCACGCACAAUACUUUUCUUAGUAUUCAUUAAGCUAAUGGUUUACAGAGUAACCAAUUUGACGUUUGUAUUCUUUAGACUAUUAAUUGGUAUUCUAUUAUUAUGUGCUGAGAAGUUCUCGCGGAUCAAUCGAACGAUGGUUGUCGGGUUAUUAGCAUCAAUUAUGAUCAACACAUUUCUAUCAGGAAAGGCAUCUGUGUUCUACUGGUCAAUAAAGAGAGCCGAAAAACUAUUCCACGAUCGUCUCGGAUCAGAUAACUUCAUUAUGCAAAGAGCAAUUUAUAUAAAUGAUUCAGAUUUGUUGGGCAGCCAAUUGUCAGUGACAGCCAAUAACCCCAUUUUUGAAAAGUUCAGUGAGAAUAAUUUUAAUCAAGACCAUCAAUACAGUGAAACUCGAAAACAGUUGGCAAUGAGGAGGAACGAAUUAUUGAUUGAACUAAGGAUACUUCAAGACAUGGAGAAAGAAUUAGUGCAUGAUGACUACGAAAAGUUCUUGUUAGAAGAAGUAAAUAAGUGUUCGAUGGUGUCCAUAGAGAUGGCUGAUCUUUGGUUUAAUGACACUCAAUUGCAGAAUUACUGUUCUGUUUGCAACGAAGAGCUCGAAAAGUUGGGAUCAUCAAUAGUAUAA